UCCGUUUUAAAUUUCUGCCCACAACCUCACCUUCAGUUAGUCCCACUCACUGUCUCACUCUUAACACAAAUGAGCAAAAAUAGUCUCCACCGUUGCAUCCUUCAACUCUUCACCUCCAACCACCACCUCAUUUGCGCCGCCCUCCUCGUCACGCUGGCCCUCUAUCCGCUGCGCACCGCCGCACAAACUGACUCACCGCCGCCAAACCAUAUUUCCAACUCCAAGAUCAUGGCAACUCCAACUAUGGCAGUCAUAAUCGCCUGCUUCAUAGCCGCCUCCUUCAUCACGGGCUGCCUCUCCAUCUUCAUGACCCUAUACUGCAUGGACUUCCGGCAAAGACUCACCCUCGAGUCCCACGGCGUCUCCGCCCCCCACCGCCGUCGCCGCCGCUUCCGCCACCUCAUGUCCUGCGGGCUCGACCCGUGGAUAAUCGACACGUUCCCGACCUUGGUCUACUCCGAAGUCAAAACAGACGGCAUCUCCCUAGAAUGCGCCGUGUGCUUAAGCGAGUUCGAAAACACGGACACGCUCCGGCUGCUUCCCAUCUGCUGCCACGUGUUCCACCACGACUGCAUCGACGCGUGGCUGUCCACCCACGUCACGUGCCCCGUCUGCCGUUCCAACCUCGCCCUCGAACCCGACGACGGUUUCACUUUACCGAGUCAUGAACCCAAACCAGUUGACUCGGUUGGGGUAGACAAUUCGAUCGUAGACGUCCGAACUAGUGAACUGAGAAGCACAGUUCGGACGUCUAGAAAGGAGCGAAUGAGAAUUGGCGGGAAGCUUUGGAGGUGGUACUCGGUGGUACAAGAGGGGGAGAAUUGCGAAAGAUUUACGCUAAGGCUACCGGAGGAGGUGCGGAGUCGGUUGGUCAUGAACUCGUCGAGUUUGAGUAGGACGAGGAGUUGUGUGAAUUUUCAAAGGGCGAGGAGUUCGAGGAAGGGGUAUAGGAGUGGGAGUGGGGGGAUUAGUAAGUUGGGGUUUAUGGUGGCGACGCCGCCACAGAAGGUGGUGGUUGUGGGCGGCGGGGAGGAGGUGAUUGCGACGCCGAAGGUGGUGUUGAAGUCCGUUAGGGCGCCGUUACAUCGGCUGAUUUGGGGGAGUGAGAGUUACAAGGAGAGAGUUAACGUUCGAGGAGCGAUUGUUUAAUCGGCUUAUAUUAGAUGGCGAAGUUUAGGCGGAUAAGCUUGUUACUGCUUGUUUUGAUUGAUUUGUUGGGCGACCUGCUAUGGAUUAGAUAAACCAAAGGCCCUAUUCGGUUUGGGUUUUAAAGUCGUCUUCAAAGAUUUUGAU